GGCUCUUGGUUUGUUACAGAAUUUACAAGAUGGUAUCAACUCACUAGAGUCUUUAGUAAGUCUCGUUGAUAAUGCAAUGUGUAGUGCAAAGCUAACGGGCUUUGUACUCGAUGCAAAGCGCUUCAUACUAGAUUAUAGAGCGGCCAUUGAACAGCUCCCUUUGAAUAUAUACUCCACUGCUUUACAGUGUAUACAGUCAGGCCCAAUGAAAGAAAUCCACAUCCCUGGACUACCAGCCUCGAGCGAUUUACAUCGCGGCGAAGUCCAGGGUACCCUGACGAUAAUACUUCAGGGCCAUACCUCCAGCGUCUUUGACGCCGCUUUCUCACCAGACGGGCGCUCAAGCUCUGGGAUACGGCCACAGGAAAGGAGCUGCAAACGCAGAGUCCUAGAGAGUGCCGGUUAUGUUACUUCCAUCGCCUUCUCACCAGAUGGAAAGUUACUAGCGUCGACUGCUGACGAGAUGGUCCGCAUAUGGGAUCCUGCUACAGGAUGCCUACUGCGAAUUCUCCUCCACCACGACUGCGCCGAAUCCAUUGCCUUCCCACCCGAUGGAAAGCUACUCGCAUCGGCUUGGGAGGCUGGGAUAUGGGACCCAAGGACAUGA